UUUGUAGAUUUGAUGUAGGCUUUUUUAAACUUUUUUUCUGAUUCAAAAGCGAUCUUUCGGGUUGGAGUCACCCAAAAUGACAAAGAAAAAAGUUCUCAUCAUUGUCAUCGUUCUUGGAGUCCUAAGCUUCGUCUUCUUCAUUGCUGGGAUAAUAUUUUUUGCCACUGGAAAUAAAAGACCAGAAGCCAAAUCGGUAAAAACCAGUUGUGACUAUUCCGAGGAAGCUAAAAGAGUUGGGCUUCCAAAGUUGUUGCAGAAAGCGAAGGACACUUAUUUUGAGAUGCAUCCAGAAAGAUACUUCACCAAGACAGAAGGAAUCUCUGUCAAAGAAUUGAAGCAGAAAUACAAAUCUUACGACCCUUCUCCUGAAAAGAUUAAACUUCGAACCGAUACCGCGAGAAGACUCUACCAGGAAAUAAAAAACACUAAAGUAAAUUUUGAUAGGAUGAAAGAGAGAGAAAUCAAAGCUUUCUUCCAAUUAACGUUCUUCGUGAAAUUUGUAUUUUCGACCCCAUACGCAGGGAAUUAUUAUAAUGGAGACUGGAUGAUGGGGCCAGACAGUUUUUGUUAUAACCCUAUCUGUGAUAUGCCGUACUAUAUUGAAAAUAACUUGCAGAAUUUUAAACCUUCAAAUGUAAAAGACUUUGAAGAAUUGGAAGAGAAGCUGAAAGAAGUGAAUGAAACUUUCUUUCGUUACAUCGAGAAUUUAAAAUUUGGGGUAAAGGCCGGGAUGGUUGGGACGCAAGAAAGUUGUUAUGCUGGAUUGCAGGCUUUAAUUCUGAAAUAUGGGAACGUUUAUCGCAAAGGAGAGGAAGACUCUCGUAAUCAGAUUGGUUCAUCAAAGUCAUAUGACCUGGAAGAUGGCCGAGUGGUUAAGGCGUUGGACUUAAGUUCCAAUGUACGAAUGUACGCGUGGGUUCGAACCCCACUCCUGGUUGCUAUCAAUAAACGUCUUGUCAUUAAGGCGCUUACACCCGCAACAGCUCUGACAAUCCAUCCAGACGGCAGAGGUGACGCGCAGAAUCAUUUGGACUUCACUGGUGUCCUUGAUCUGAUAUAUCGUCUGAUAUAUGGUGAGAAAGAUACUCUACAAGGUCAAUAUGAUGAGACCAUCAUAAAAUAA